CUCCUACUUUACUCCCUCUUAUAAAUUUCUUCCCUACUCUGUUUUUCCCUCCACCCUGUCUCCACCUCUUCUCUUCGUUUCCCCUCCACUAUAAAUCAAUCCUCUCCUCCUCUGCAUCAUUACUCGAUUGCGCUCUUCUCCCUUCUCUCUUCUUCUAAAGCAUAUCGAUCAAUGGCUCUGUUUCUAAGUCUCUGUUUUGUGUUUUUUGCUCUGUUCAACAGUGCUGCUAAUGCCUCCAGAGCUCAUAAGCUUCCCCAGCGCCAGCAUUAUGGAGGACUUCUGCCCAACGGUGACUUCGGACAACCUCCCCACCCAUCAAGCCUCAGCAAAACAGUUAUUAAACCAGGGAAGGGCUCUCUCCCGAAAUGGGAAAUCCGAGGCCUCGUCGAGUACAUCGCCCCCGGCCACCAGCCCGGCGGCUUCGUCUUCAACGCUCCUGCCGGGACCCACGCCGUGAGGCUGGGGAACGAUGCUUCCAUCUCCCAAAAUGUCGCCGUCAAGAAGGGCUCCUACUACUCCCUCACGUUCUCAACCACCCGGACCUGCGCCCAGGACGAGGUGCUCGGCGUCUCCGCCGGCGACGGCCAGACCGGCAACCUCUCCAUCCAGACGAUCUACAGUAGCACCGGCGGCGACACCUAUGCGUUCGCGUUCGUCGCCAAGUCCAACGUCGCGGCGGUGACGUUUCACAACCCCGGCGUUCAGGAGGAUCCCGCGUGUGGGCCCCUUUUGAUGGCUGUUGCAAUCAAGGAGAUGCCGAGCAAUCCCCGCUACGACGGUGGAAGCAUUGUGAAAAACGGUGAGUUUGAAAUCGGACCGUGCAUGAUAAACAACAGAUCAUUAAACGGGAUUCUCAUUCCUCCCAAACAGCAAGAUCAAAUUUCACCACUCCCAGGGUGGAUCGUUGAAUCCAUCAAACCCGUUAGGUACAUCAGUGCAGCUGCCUCAAACAACUUCUCCAUUCCUAACAAAAGAGCUGCAAUAGAGCUAGUCGCAGGCAGAGAAAGUGCCAUAGCCCAAGUCAUAAGGACACAUGCCAACAAACAAUACACCCUCAGUUUCACCUUUGGAGAUGCAAAGAAUGGGUGCCAUGGUUCCAUGAUGGUCGAGGCUUUUGCAGCUAAGGAAACCCUAAAAGUGCCCUAUGAGUCUAAGGGAAAUGGUGAGUCUAAGACUGCCAGUUUCAAGUUCACGGCCAUAUCAGACAGAACAAGGAUCACAUUUUACAGUGCCUUCUAUCACAUCAAAGCCAGCCAUGACGUUGGUCAUAUGUGUGGACCUGUCUUGGAUAGUGUUAAGGUUUUUCCUGCAUCUUAAUUGCUUGGUUCGUCGUAUAAGGGGAAUUAUUUAUGGUUGCACUUGAAUGUUUUGAUCAGGUUCUGUGAGGGGACGAUACUGGACUUCUUUUAAUUUGUAAUAAUCUUGUUAUUGACUUUCUUUUAAAAAAUUUAUAUUUUUGUCUUACAAAUAUUGUUUAUGCUGCUGCAUACCCUCAAGAUUUGUCGACUAGACAAUUAGAAGGAGUCAUGAAUAAGAACAUCAUUUGUUCGUGUUUGUCAA